GGAAUCAAAAUGUGUCAGGCGUAUCGAAUCCAGCACAAUUGGGAUGCGAUUUCCGGGAUGCCGACGAAUCUGUACGGUCCGAACGACAAUUUCCACCCGGAGAACUCGCACGUCUUGCCGGCAUUGAUGAGGAGGUUUCACGAGGCCAAGGUCAACGGAGCAAAAGAAGUAGUGGUGUGGGGAACCGGAAGCCCUCUCCGGGAGUUUCUCCACGUCGACGAUCUGGCCGAUGCCGUCGUCUUCCUCAUGGAGCAAUACAGCGAUUUGAGCCAUUUGAAUGUCGGAAGUGGGAAGGAAGUGAGCAUCAAGGAGCUGGCUGAAUUGGUGAAGGAAGUGGUGGGAUUUGAAGGAGAUCUUGUUUGGGACAAAUCAAAGCCUGAUGGAACUCCAAGGAAAUUGAUGGACAGCUCCAAACUUGCAGAAUUGGGAUGGAAUCCAAAGAUUUCUCUGAAAGAUGGCCUUGUGGAUACUUACAAAUGGUAUGUUCAAAAUGUGCAGCAAUGAGAAAAAAUGCAGAUCUGAAGCUCUUUUGUCUAUGGAGAUCACUGCUGUCAGAUCUUUGUUUGCCAAUUCUGUCGAUCUUGUUAUAGAGUGAGCCAGUAUGUAGUUAGAACAAUUGAGAAUAAGAAUGCAGCUUAUGAUCAUUGCCCUUCAA